UUAUUCAUCAAAGGUUUUAAAAAGGGCUUCCUGGUUGACCCAAAGUCAUAGCAGCUUUCAGGUAGCUUGAGCAAAUCAUGUCCUUUGUAAGCUAUUUUGAUUUCAAUUUUCCCCACAAGUUGGGGACCUGGAAGUAAUCACUAAAUGGAAGCCAACAUGCUUUUUAAUUAGAGGGUGAAAAUGGACUCCAAGAAUGCUGCUGUCCAUAGGUGGUGGCAACAACUUCACAAGAGUUGCUCUACCUAGUGGUUGUGGAAGCCUACCAUUAGAGGAACACAAGGCAGGGUUAGGGCCAGAGAGAUGUCAGAACAGGUUUUAACUUUUGGCCUUUUGAGAGUCAUCUUCCCAGCAGGCCUUUGCAAUGGUUGAGAAAGCAAGCUGCUCGCUCCUCUAUUUUCAUUUGUUCAGCCUGUAUAUUGGCUUUUGCUACCAAGGUUACUCCCCAGCAGCACUGAAGGGGAAGCAAGAAUGUAGAAGCUCAUCCUGGGAGUGUUUGGAGAAGGCAAGGAAGCCUCACUGUUUUUCUUCAAAAUAGGGUCUCUGUCAAAGGAGAACCCUUCUUCCUCUCUUGCUUUGGGGUCCAGAACAUUCCUGUGCUCAGCACCUCUUGAGGUGCACGUGUUGUGCUUGCUUUUAAAAUUCCUACCUUAUUUCUGCCACCUCCACCCCCUUUGGGGAAAGCAAGGGUCAAGUGCUAUGUGUACAUAUGCUUCUGUUGUUUGGAUAAUUAAGACAGUGCAUUCAUCCUGAAAAUCACCUUUUUCCCCUCUCAGUCUGUUGCUUGGUGCUGAAUGGCCAGCAUUUAAUUAUCUCUGCUUCAGAAUGGCAUCUCCUGCCUCAUUUCAUUUUUAUAUCUUGCUUAUAGUUUCUGCAUUACUACUUUGAUGUUUUGAGUUGUGUUUGUAGGGUCUUUAAGCCAGUCUUCCUCUUACUGACCCCAGCUGAUCUGUGUCUUGUGUGAAAUCAACAGAGUUUCUGUUCGUGUAAUGAUUCUUUAAAUAGUUCAUCUGAUCAUGCUUUCAUCAUUUCCUACUUUGGACUGGAGGAGGUUAACUCCAUGGCUUCUAUAGCUCUUUCCCACUCUGGGAGUCUAAUUUUCAUGCUCUCCAGCCAGCAUGUUAGUUGGUGAGGAUGGGACUUUAAUCCAACAUAUCAAGACUGGCUGUAGCAAGAGGAGGCGAGAUCUUCUGAGCCUUUAAGUGCAUCCUUUGCUUUAGGAGGCAUGGUUAAGUUGAUGCUGGGGAUCAUACUGUUUCAGUGGGUGCUCUCCAAUACUGGAAUUCUCUUCAAGGCAUAACCACUUGCAGUCUGGUUUUGUGGUUAGAGCAUGUAAACUACCAACAUACCUCUGUUUUGCUACUGAGCUCCUGGAAGAAGGAAUCUUUUGCUUGAUACUUGUGGUCUCUUCCUGCUAUCUUUUUCUCUGCCACUUUAAAUGUCAUAAUGCCUCAGAGCAGGGUAGGAAUAUUUUAGCUAAAUACAUGAAAGUAAAUGCAUGUCCAUCUCUGCUUAAUGUUGUAACUCUAAGCCUGGGUCCCUCCACUUGUUGAUGGACUACCAUUACCAGUAGCAUCAGUGCUGGGGGAUAUUGGGAGGUCUAGUUCUACAACAGCUGGAGGGCCACAGAUUCCUCAUCUCUGCUUUAGAAGUUCUCCACUUUUCUAAUCAAUGGCUGCCUCAAAUUCUUUCCUUGGUUUUUUAAUUUAUUAACACAAACAGGCAUUGUCAAGAGAAGGCUUGUCACACUGCUAUCUAUAUGACCCUCUUCAAUGCCUGAGGCAUCUCUUCUGACUUUACUUGGUGGCAAUAGAGUUUGGCAAUAGAGAGUUAUCAUCCAAUCUGUAUUGGUCACCAUGUUUCAAAUUUCCCACAACGCCCUGGAGCAACAGUGCUUUAAAGCAUUGUGGGAAAUUUAAAUGGUUACUCUCAAUCUGCUUGUACUUGAUGCCAGUGAACCUUGUAAUAGUACUGAGUUACUGGUAGCUACAUAAGGAUGCUAUCUGUGGAUAUCAGGCCUAUUGUCAACAUAAUUUUCAUUCUUUUACCUGCAAGUUUUGAUACUUGAAAUCAUUUGAGGAAAAGCCUAUGAACAAAAGACCUAGUAAGAUUGAUAUGUUCCAAUCAAUAUCAUGAUAUAUACUAAUAAAAUUAUACACUAGGAUUAAUGAGAAAAGUUACUACAGUUUGAAAUAGGUCUCUCCUCUUUCCUGCCUUUUAUUUUUUAUUCUGCUGAGGCUAUCACCUGAUUCACGUAUGUUGUUAUAAGCUGUGCCAUAACACAGCUUGUCUUUGGCUUAAUAUGAUGAGGAAACCCAUCCUUCCAAAACCCAGAAUGUAGAGAUCCUAGCUUCUUCUAACCGUGGCUUUUUGUUUGCUUUUGCUCCACACAUUUCUCCGGGCACUGGCAGAAGAAAUGAAGAAUUAAUUCUAAAAUUAGUUGUACAAGCUCUGAGUAUUUUGCUCAUCUGCAAGACUGAGCCUAGCUUAUUCCUGGCAUAUUCAACCAACUGUGGUUAAAAUAGACCUGGUUCACCAUUAGGUACCAACACAACCUUUACCUCCUUUCCUUUGCUUCUCAUUUCUAGGAUGCUUCUGUGGUCUGGGGUUGAUCUAUACCAACAAAACGUGCACCAUGCCUCCCAUCACUUUCCAGGAUUUGCCACUGAACAUCUACAUGGUGAUUUUUGGCACAGGUGUCUUCAUCUUCGUGCUCAGCCUCAUUUUCUGCUGUUACUUCAUUAGCAAACUUCGGCAUCAAGCACAAAGUGAAAGAUUUGGAUACAAAGAGGUGGUUUUGAAAGGUGAUACCAGAAAGCUAAACUUACAUGGGCAGACUUGUGCCGUCUGCCUGGAAGACUUUAAAGUGAAAGAUGAGCUGGGAGUGUUGCCAUGCCAACAUGCCUUCCACAGAAAGUGCCUUGUGAAGUGGCUGGAAGUUCGAUGUGUCUGUCCCAUGUGCAAUAAGCCUAUAGCAGGUCCCGCAGAGCCUCACCAGAGCAUUGGAAUCCUCCUAGACGAACUAGUGUGACCAUCUUCCUGCCCACAACAUUUCCCCCAAAGCCUUUAUUGACACAGAUUAUUGCCUUGGGAUUGUGGGCUUCAACACGCGGUCACAGACUGAGGUAUUUCCAAGUGGAUGCUCAUCUUAACCUUCUUAGAAGGCAGCGGGGACCAUACCUAGUGCCAAGAUGGAAGACAAGCUGGCCUUGUUCUCCAUCUACAAUCUGGGAGCCAUUUCUGGGGAAGACUGAUCAGAACUGCAUGGUAAUCUAGAUUUCGGAUGGCUAACACAUGAUGGACUUGAAACAUGAAGUCUGAACUUUCCCAGGAUGACCUGGGUGAACAAUAGAACUCCAGUGCCAGGUUUCUGCAACUGGUUGUUGUGAUGCCAACUGUGAGGUCAAAGUCUUCCCUUUGUCUAGGAAUUGCUGGUCCGAAUCCACAGAUGGCGAUAGCAUCUCCAAUUUCUAAUGAGACCUUUCUUUUUAUAGUAAGUCAGCCCCCGCCAUUUGGGCUGUCUUGAUUCGUGCUCCUUAGGGAUCCCUUUUGCAAUUUAAAAGCAAGAGCUAUUGCUGACUUCUGCUAGAUCCUUCUCUGCAAAAUCUACAGUGUUUACAUAAGACUUAAGCAGAAAGCCUUCCACGGGCUGUAGAAGAGGCACUAUUCAGCUAACACAGUUGACCCAGCAAAGCAGCAAAGAGCCAAUCUUCUCCAAUAUUAUGGAGAAAGGGAGCCACACUGUGGCAUUUGGCACUCCAUAUAGGUGGCUAAGUGACGAAGGUAGAGGCAUGAAAAGGGAGAGGACUGAACCCUUCUUUUAGAUUUCAGAAGAUAAGUGGGACUAUUUUCAUAAGUGGCCUUGUAACUUUUUUUGCCUAUUCUGUCCUUGUAUAGAAAAAUAAAAGUACU